GGACGAGGACAAGCAGAUUGUGCUACAGUAUCUAAAAUGCUUGAUUCCGGGAUUUGGGGUUCAUAAACAACAUGGACUAUUUGCCUACGAUAACACAUGAAGCAACUAUAUAUAAUAUGUUAACAAAUGUAAUUUACAGCUCAAUAUGCCUGUCAGGCAAAUGAAAGCACAGAAAGGGGAAUUCGAUACAGAAUUCCCUAUACGUGCUGAUUGCCCCACUGAUUCCGGUGCGCUUGAUAACCUCAGGGAUAGGGUAACGGAGGAUGAUUCACUGAUCAAGCAGACAUCAAACCAACUCGCAAAGGUUUUCCCAGGGAUAACUCUCCCCUCUUCUGUGGACUAUAUAUUGAACUCUGUUCUUUUCCAUGAGGCUGAAGUUCCCCCUCACAAAUCAUUCGCACCACAUUUCACAACGCAACCUUGUAACUGGGUUAUCGCAUCCAUAUACAUACUGGCUCAAUCACACGAUAAUCUUACCUUAAACCAAACCUCAAGAAAAUGAGCGGCGACUUUACAGCCUUCUUCUAUGGCACCUUGAUGGCUCCCGAGGUCUUCUUCACUGUUUGCUAUGGCGAUCGUGACCCUCCCAGGGCCAUCAAGGACAUGCACACAUUCACUCCUGCUAUCUUAGACGGCUACUGUCGCCACAGAGUUGAGUCUGCGGAUUACCCUGCAGUGAUCCCCGAGAAGGGCCACACUGUCCUUGGCAUAUAUGCCACUGGACUGACUGACGGCAACGUUGACAAGCUCGACAUGUUCGAGGGAUCUGAGUAUUUCAAAGAAAAGGUUAAAGUCAAGCUUCUCAACAAAGACGGAACUGCUCCCGAGAAGGAGGAGACCAAGGAGACUUUUGUCUACGUUUUCAACAACCCCGAUGACCUUGAGAAGGGCGAGUGGGAUUUUGAAGAGUUUCGAAAGUCGAAGAUGAAGAACUGGACCCGAGCUGGUUUGGGUUUUGGCGAGGACAUCCCCGAGGGAACUGCCAAUGAUGGGUGGGAUGAGUGGAAGUAAACACCUGUUUCUGUAAGCGCUUUCCCAGUAUUAGCGGUCGGUCGCUUGCUUAGCUGCAAUGAAUUUGCCUUGUAGCGGUGAAGAAUAGAGACACUGGCACCAACAGACCGGUUGGUGGGAUGGGCCUCAUAGAUGAAAUAGUCCUACGAGAUGAAAUAGACA